GAGCUGAGCAGUGGUAGGCAAGAACGGGGAGCGGCCUGGCAUGGUGCUCCAUUCCACGCCCUGCUUCUCUACCAGCGGCACCGCACUCCUGCAAGAUGAGGUGUUGGGCGACUUUCGUGGUGGUCUUGGUGGCUGGGGUGUUCUGUGUGCCUGGCAUGGGUCAACAGUACGCCAGUAGCAUCGGGUCCGGCCAGACGGGAUCAUCCGGCACCACAGGAAGUGCUUCGGGUGCUGCGUCUUCCCAGGGGUCUCUGGGAUCCCCGGGAAGCGGUCCUGCAUCGGUAGGCCAAGGGGCGGGACAGUCUGGCAGCGGUGCAGCUGGCAGUGGCUUCGCCGGGUUUGUAGGCACUGGGCGUCCCUCAGGUGCUGGUGGGGCGACGUUUGCUGGAGCUGCUCCUGUCGGAGCAGGACGAGUAGUUGCCGGAUUCCCUGGGUUCAGCGGCACUGCUGGCACCGCUGACCAAGGUGGUGCCGGUGCUUUCCAGCGAGGCACAAGCGUCAUCCAGCAGCAGGCCACACCGACAGUCACUCAGACUGUGACCAUUGACAGGUUCACCACACUCACGGACAUCGUCUUCCAGAGCUACGGUGUGACCCUGACCCAGUUUGUGGUUGUGACUGCCACCAGGCCUGUGCAGCAGGUUGUGGUGACGCCAGUUAAUGACCAGGUGGCCAUCACCACCACUGUGCUCCACCGCCCGGAAUACAUCACACUCACGGAAACUAAGUCUGACUUCCGCCUGGCUGUGAGGACCUCGGUCAGCCACGUCACCAUUACCCACACCGCCUACAACAUCAUGCACGUGCCCUUCACCAUAACGGCCACCGAAACUGUGCACCUGACUUCCCCGGUGGUGAGGACCGUUAUCAACACGCAGCGGCAGGUGGUCACGGACUACCGCACCAUUGUCAACACAGUCUACGUCCAUGGCGGAUACCACUGAGCCGGGCCAGACUUCGUAAGUGGAAUCGAUUAAUCAACUUCGUAAGUGGAAUCGAUUAAUCAACUUCGUAAGUGGAAUCGAUUAAUCAACUUCGUAAGUGGAAUCGAUUAAUCAACUUCGUAAGUGGAAUCGAUUAAUCAACUUCGUAAGUGGAAUCGAUUAAUCAACUUCGUAAGUGGAAUCGAUUAAUCAACUUCGUAAGUGGAAUCGAUUAAUCAACUUCGUAAGUGGAAUCGAUUAAUCAACUUCGUAAGUGGAAUCGAUUAAUCAACUUCGUAAGUGGAAUCGAUUGUUAAUAAAUCUACGUCUUAA